AUGGUUCGAUACGCUGCCACCGAGAUCCAGCCCGCGAAGUCGGCCCGCGCUCGCGGUGCCUACCUCCGAGUUUCUUUCAAGAACACUCGCGAGACCGCCCAGGCCAUCAACGGCUGGAAGCUUCAGCGCGCUGUUACCUUCCUCGAGAACGUCAAGGAGCACAAGGAGGCUGUCCCCAUGCGACGAUACGCCGGCUCCACUGGCCGCACCGCCCAAGGCAAGCAGUUCGGUGUCUCCAAGGCUCGAUGGCCCAUCAAGUCCGCCGAGUUCCUCCUCGGUCUCCUCAAGAACGCUGAGGCCAACGCCGACGCCAAGGGUCUCGACACCGGUGCCCUGAUUGUCAAGCACAUCCAGGUCAACCAGGCCCCCAAGCAGCGCCGAAGGACAUACCGUGCCCACGGUCGUAUCAACCCUUACAUGUCCAACCCCUGCCACAUCGAGCUCAUCCUGACCGAGGGUGAGGAGGUUGUCCAGAAGUCCCAGGCCGUUGAGCGUGAGCACCUCAGCUCUCGCCAGCGUGGUGCCCGCCUCCGCAAGGCUAUCACCGCUGCUUAA